GUCCCCAAGGACAUGGGGACACGGGAGGGACAUGGGGACACCCAGAUCCGUGUCCCCAAGGGUCCUGAGGGACAUGGGGACACCAGGAGGGACAUGGGGACAUCCACAUCUGUGUCCCCAAAGGGACACGGGAGGGACAUGGGGACACGGGAGGGACAUGGGGACACCCAGAUCCGUGUCCCCAGUGGUCCCUUGGGGACACCAAAGAGUCUCGGGGACAUCUGGAGCUGUGUCCCCAAAGGUUCCAAAUGUCCCCUGGGGACACGGGAAGGACGUGGGGACACUGGGGACAGGAAAGGGACAUGGGGACACCUGGAUCCGCGUCCCCAAGGGCUCCCGAUGUCCCUUGGGGACAGGAAAGGGACAUGGGGACACCAGGAGGGACAUGGGGACAUCUGGAUCCGUGUCCCCAAGAGUCCACAAUGUCCCUUGGGGACAGCAGAGCGCUUGGGGACAUCUGGAGCUGUGUCCCCAAGGGUUCCCGAUGCCCCUUGGGGACACAGGAGGGACAUGGGGACACCAGGAGGGACAUGGGGACAUUCCGGAUCCGUGUCCCCAAGAGUCCCCGAUGUCCCUUGGGGACAGGAAAGGGACAUGGGGACACAGGAGGGACAUGGGGACAUUCCGGAUCCGUGUCCCCAAGAGUCCCCGAUGUCCCUUGGGGACAGGAAAGGGACAUGGGGACAUUCCGGAGGGUUCCAGAUGUCCCCAGGGGUUCCCGAUGUCCCCAAGGGUUCCCAGCGUCCCUUGGGGACAUUCCGGAGGGUUCCAGAUGUCCCCAGGGGUUCCCAGCGUCCCUUGGGGACAUGGGAGGGACAUGGGGACAUUCCGGAUCCGUGUCCCUGCAGGUCCCUGAUGUCCCCAGGGGUCCCCGGCGUCCCUUGGGGACAGGAAAGGGACAUGGGGACAUUCCGGAUCCGUGUCCCCGCGGGUCCCCGGCGUCCCUUGGGGACAGGAAAGGGACAUGGGGACAUUCCGGAUCCGUGUCCCCAAGAGUUCCCGAUGUCCCUUGGGGACAGGAAAGGGACAUGGGGACAUUCCGGAUCCGUGUCCCCAGGGGUUCCCGGUGUCCCUUGGGGACAUUCCGGAUCCGUGUCCCCAGGGGUUCCCGAUGUCCCCAGGGGUUCCCGAUGUCCCUUGGGGACAGGAAAGGGACAUGGGGACAUUCCGGAUCCGUGUCCCCUGGGGUUCCCGGUGUCCCUUGGGGACAUUCCGGAUCCGUGUCCCCGCGGGUCCCCGAUGUCCCUUGGGGACAUUCCGGAUCCGUGUCCCCUGGGGUUCCCGGUGUCCCUUGGGGACAUUCCGGAUCCGUGUCCCCUGGGGUCCCCGGUGUCCCUUGGGGACAUUCCGGAUCCGUGUCCCCGUGGGUCCCCCGGGGGGUGGCGGGGAGGGGACAAGGACCCACCUGGGGUGUCACCGGUGGCCGAGGGUCCGGUGCCACUGGCGGGGCCGGGCCGCGCUACCUGACGGACAGCUGUGACGAGAGAGACACGGGAGGGGACAUCAGGGCCACCACCCCGGCUGGCACCGGGGUGGCACCAGGGUGGCACUGGGGGGGACCCUGGGGUGGCCCCGAGGUGGCACCGGGGGGACCCCGACCCCAGGAGGGGGCACGGGAACGGCCCCGUCCCUGGGGGGGGACACGGGGGUGGCCUUGGGGACACGGGGGUGGCCUUGGGGACGUGGAGGUGGCCUUGGGGACACGGGGGUGGCGUUGGGGACACUGAGGUGGCCUUGGGGACGUGGAGGUGGCUGUGGUGACAUCAAGGUGGCCGUGGAGACACCAAGGUGGCCUUGGGGACGUGGAGGUGGCCUUGGGGACGUGGUGGUGGCCUUGGGGACGUGGUGGUGGCCUUAGGGACAUCAAAGUGGCCUUGGGGACACUGAAGUGGGCUUGGGGACAUCAAAGUGGCCGUGGGGACAUCAAGGUGGCCAUGGGGACAUCAAGGUGGCCUUGGGGACACGGUGGUGGCCGUGGGGACACCAAGGUGGCCGUGGGGACAUCAAGGUGGCUGUGGGGACAUCAAGGUGGCCGUGGGGACACGGUGGUGGCCAUGGGGACACCAAGGUGGCCGUGGGGACACGGGGGUGGCGCUGGCCCU